UGAAUAAGUUUAUUUAUUUAUUUUUUAAAAAAGGUAAUGCUUCACAGUGGCCUAACUUUUUUCUGUCAUAUCUUGACUUUGAUGGUUCUACUUUCUCAGGCUUUAAUUCAUGUCCUUUGGGGACAUUCUAGGUCCAGACUGACAUCUUCAGCUUCAAGUUCAAGUUAACCUACAGCCUCACCAUGAUGUGGCCCCUUGAAUGCUGAGAUUCUAGUGUGUGUGCCUUCUGUCAGCCUUCCCGAAUUUCUUCAUGCUGACUUCGGUAUAAGUCUAAGAGGGCUAGUUAUGUAUUGCUCUGGGAAAUCUACAUUCCUGCAAGCAGAAUCUUUUUUUUUUCUUUUGUGAGGAGCCUGUCCUAGUAGUCAAUAAACGUGGUAUCUGUUAACGGUAAUUUAUAAAAAGCAAGUUUAUCCUUGGUGAUCAGCCCAUUAUGAAGCAGCUUUCCAUGAAAGGAGGAGGACCGUUGACCGAUUACAAAUAAUUCUGAGAGCUGAACACAGGACACAAAUGACUUCAAUGACCUCAUACAGAAUCAAAACAUGCGUGGUGCGAUUCUAUAGUUCUAACAGGUCAAAAUGAGAGUUCUUGUCUUCCCAAGAAUUACUCCUGUCCGCAGGAAAGCAAACCUCAGCGAGUAAACCUCAAGCAUUUUUUUAAGCACCCACCCAGGGCUUCUCUCUGGAAACGACCACAUUUCUGAUUUAGUAAAAGGUCCAUUAUUCCUGAAUCUUUAGAAUACUGGUUCCCCAAUUAGUUCUCUUCAACUCCUACUUUUCUCUCACCAGGGAAGGUGUGGAUAGGAAAUCUUUGAGGCGGGACUGGACCGCCCUUUUGGAGGCGUGGGUAACGCACUUCUUCAACCCCUUCUUCGACCCCCUUAAGCUACUGAUUCCAUUCCUUGCCUCAAUCGGUAGCGAUUCCUCUGUUUAAACAAACUAGUUCCUUACAAGGCCUGCCGUCAAGGAGCGAGGGCAGGGGCAAGCUCCGAGUUCUGGCGAUUGCUCCAACCACCACUCCCCAGACCCCGUUGCCACGCAGUGCCACAUCAGCGACUGCACAGCGUAGAGCGCCCAGCUAAAUUCUUUUCUAGGAGGCGAGUAGCCUAGUGGGCGGAGGCAGAUUGAGCCCACAGGAGUGGCAGGCUGCUCCACCAAUCGGUAACCAGGGAGGAGGCUUUGCCUCCAACCGCAGCCACAGCCAGUGCCCCGCCGGGAAACCAGAUGAAGCACAUCUGGACAGCUGUGCCGAGAAAGUUUGUGGGCCCUUUCCAGGCCUGCCACCAGCAAGGCACGUCCCCCACGUAGCCUCCUGCUAGCCACUUACUACUUAAAUAUUUUUUUUUCCCAAGAAGCAAUCAGCAACCCAAGCUUGAAUCCUUUUCUUCUCCCCUAUUUGAGGCGAGGCCACAUCACAUCAACACAGUUUAAUUUUCAUGGGGCUUUGCGAUCAAAAGAACAGAAACGGCAACAAAAGUCCAGCUGCCUUCUGAUCCUAACUGACAAAGUGGGGACCCAGUAAGGUGUGAGUAAACAGGCCAAGCUGGGUCAUGGGGAGUUUCAUAGGUCAUGCUCUCCCUGGGACUUUCUUCAUCAUGAUGGGCUUUUGGUGGACUACAAAGAACAUUCUGAAAUCUGUCUACAAAAAACACACUCGAACCUGCUAUCUGAAUUCUAAAACAUUAUUACGUCGAAUAGAGAUUUGGGAAGGAGUUGUUGUGGUUAUAAUGGCUCUUACUGGUAUAGCUGGGGAACAGUUUAUCUCGGGAGGACCUGCCUUGAUCUUGUAUAAAGACGGCCAAUGGAACCAGAUCCUGGGCUGGCAUCACACCACCAUGUACUUCUUCUUUGGUCUACAGGGUGUAACCCAGAUCGUAUGUUUUACUACUAAUGCACUUCCGCUUUCCUUAAGCAAGUUGAUGUUAGCGAAUGCCAUCUUUGUGGAGACAUUUAUCUUCUACAACCACACACAUGGUCGGGAAAUGGUUGAUAUUUUUGUACACCAACUUCUGUCCUACACCACCACGGCGGCGGGUCUAGUUGCCUUCAUGGAGUUCCUCACAAAGAACAAUGUACUUCUGGAGCUCGUGAGGUCAAGUCUCAUCCUAUUACAAGGAACCUGGUUCUGGCAGGUUGCUUUUGUUCUGUACCCUCCUAAAGGAAGAGCUACAUGGAACCUGUCCGAUAUUGGAAAUAAAAUGUUUCUCUCAAUGUGCUUUUGUUGGCAUUAUGCAUCAAUUGUCAUGCUCAUCGGAGUAAUAUUUGCGUUGGCCAACUGGCUGACGUCUGAACCUCUUCUUCUUAGGGGCUGGGCAGUCUUCAGGAACAGUACCAGGAUGCAAGGAAAAACUCUCCCUCGUGUCAGCUCCCCUCCAGAGCCAACAGAAGACUACUGUCUCUUCCUGUUUCAAAAGUCUUCAGAUGCGCAAUAAAUGACUUGCCCAUUUGCACAUCCUUAGAAACAAGAAACUCCACUUUUAUUUUUUAGCCUCUUGCAGUCCCCAUCAUGCGUUGUUCUACUCUCUGAGCUGACAGUUCCCUUUGCCUGGCAUAUUUACACUAAGUGCCCAUCUCUUCUUCAAAACCUUUUAUAAUUCCUCUGAUUUAUAUUGAUCUGAUUCAGUAGUUCUUUGUUUCCACAGACACUUUAAGUAUUGUGAUCUACCAAUUGCCAUAUGUUGACUAUAAGUGCUUGUUAAUCCUCUCUGCCAGCUACAUUGUAUCCUCAAUGUGAAAACAAUCAUUUUUAUAUCCCCAAACCUACUGGCACAUUGACAGACAUAUAGUAAGUGCUCAGUUAACAUUUUGUUCAGAAAUUGUAUUUUAUAUGUUUUUAUUUUCCUUUAAUAUUAAUAUUGGAAAGACAAGACCAAGAGUUCAACAUUUCCUGAACUAUCCUGGCUUCCCGUCCAUAAACCCCCAUCCCAUCCUCCUUCCCCCUUCUUCUAUGAGGGUGUUCCCCCACCCAGCCACCCACCCCUUCCUGCCUCCCUGCCGUGACAUUCCCCUACACUGGGAUAUCAAGCCUUGGCAGGACCAAGGGCAUCUCCUCCCAUUGUUGCCCAACAAGGCCAUCCUCUGCUACAUAUGCAGCUGGAGCCAUGGGUCUGUCUGUGUAUAGUCUUUGAGUAGUGGUUUAAUCUCUGGGAGGUCUGGUUAGUUGGUAUUGUUGUUCCUCUGGGGUUGCAAACCCCUUCCACUCCAAUCCUUUCCACAACUCCUCCAAUGGGGACCCCGCUGAACUAUUUUAAUAUAUAUUUAAGCAACAGUUUUAAAAUAUCACAAAAAUUUGAUAUUGUCUUUCAGUGAGAUCACACAAAUAACUAAUUCAGUCCUGAUUUUGGGAAUAAGGAGCUUUAAAAUGCUGUUAGUCAGGGUUUCACAAGUCAUUAAAUGUCAGACAUUAUAUCCAAGUUGUUUGACAUAGUACAAUGACAGCCACACAAGCAUAUCUAAGUCACAGAAUUCUCCUCCCUAAAUGCUUGAAAGAUUACACUAAAUGUUCCAAUUUUGCAAAAUAAUGGUUCAAGGUUGCCUCAUUCUAUUGCCUGCCUAUAGUCUUGAUUACAUAAGCUCAGGUGAAACCUAUGUGUUGGGAAAUCUUGUUGCAUAUUUAAUGUUUCCCUAAAAUAUACCUCUGUUGCAGAGAACUAUUUCAAUAAUCCUUGCCUAUGAAUAAAGAAGCCUAUAUCUAGAUAUAUUUUUCACACAGUGAGUCAUGUAAAGAACAAAGUGGGGCUUGUUCACACACUAGGCACUAAGUUUCAUGGAGGUAACGCUUGUGUCAGCUCAGCUCUCUUGGAUAUUAAUUGAUGAGAACAUGAGGCAAGAGCAGAAACAUACCACGGUCUUGAUUCCCCAAAUUUUCCUCAUUCUAGUAACUAGCAAUGUAUCUGAGUGUCUGCCUCUCUCUCUGCCUCUCUCUCUCUCUCUCUCUCUCUCUCUCUCUCUCUCUCUCUCUCUCACACACACACACACACACACACAUACACAUCUAUUUGUCUAUCCACCCAUCAUUUUUCUAUCUAUCUAUGUAUGUGUGUAUGUAUGUAUGUAUGUAUGUAUGUAUCUAUCUAUCUAUCUAUCUAUCUAUCUAUCUAUCUAUCUAUCUAUCUAUCUACCUAUCUACUUAUUUAUCUAUUUUUCUUGUUUGUUUUUAAGACAGGGUAUCACUAUGUGGUUCUGAGUCACUUAGAACUUUCUGCAUAGACCAGGCUGGCAACAGACUCACUGAGCAGUUUUUCUUAGCUGACGAAUCAACAGACAUUAUUGAUUAUGUUCAGUUGCUUUUUGUUGGAGAUUCUAGGGUCAGUUGGUGAUGUAUAAAGAAUUGGUAGGCUCUAUUCAUAGAUGAGUGAUGUGACCUCUUGUCAGAUUGUUCCAAAGGUCAGUGAUGUGUCAAAUGUGUCAAGGUUAUAGGUUAGAAUCACUUCUGACUCUGGUUAGGGCUAGGGCAGAAAAAAUGGGAUGAAGUUGUUGAUGAAGCUUUCAUGAAGAUUUUGUGUGGGAUUCAGAGCACAGGAAUGACAGGAUGUAUGGAUAGAGCAAACCAGAACUUCAUCAGACAAAGAAAGACAGAAAGUAAACGUAGGAAUGUAAACAGGCUGACGGAAUCGUUCAUAAAAAGUAAUUCAGGCCAGACUUAAUAUGUGUAUUCAGUUGGACUGUCACCCUAAGAAAAGGUCAUGUAUUUCCUUACAGGAACACCACUUUGCAAUCCACACGUAGUUAUGGAUUUGAUGUAGAUGCAUCAAUGUCAGGUUCCUUUACAUCUGUCCUGCUUGCUUAACAAAUGAUCAGUUGUCUUCUGGUAAAUAACUAAGCAAUCUCAUAACACAUUUUACAGACAACAUCUUUUCUGUUUCCUUAGUCCUUGGUGUAGUCCAUACUCAUUUCCAGGUAUCUCAAAGUCAGGUAGGAAUCAUUUCCCUUUUGGCAUUGCCUUUGUUCAUGGUCAUUGUAGGAAUAAUCUAUAGUUCAUUACAGUUUAGAUUCACAUUUCUCUAAAGUUUUGACUCUUGGUAUCACGUAACCAGAGAUGAUCUUCUUUUUCCCCAGGUUAGUUAAAUCUAGACUUAGGAAGGUCUGCACCUCAGAAGUUGGACUCCUUAAACAUGUUGACCGUGAACAAGAAUCAGAAGAAGAAGUAUGAUUUUGAUGGGCAUCAAGUCUUUCUAGAUAAACCUUCUCAUUUUGGGUUGCCUGUUUCUUUUGACUCGAGAACAGUUCUCUGAGGCUGACUCCAUGCUGUUUGUAUUUCCAGUUUUGUUAAAGUGUUGGACUUUAAAUAUCUUACUUUCAGCUCUGAAAGUACUGUGGGUGAUAAAUUCAUUUUGCAUAUUGUGCAUGCAUAUAAUUCAAGAGCAACCAUAAUUUUUUCCAAAGUCAUAUAUUGUUCCAUGUUCAUUUAUUAAAAUUACAUAUUUUAUUUUUCCUGAUAGAUACCUUCAAGCCUUGUGGUCUUGCCAUCAGUAUAAUACAUUAAAUGUUCAAUUCUACUUGUUUAUCUUGUUGCCACAAUGAAAAAAAAUAAAUGAAUUCAUGCACCUUGGUACAGAAA